AUGAGUGUAAUUAUAAGACCUGUUGAAGCUAAAGAUAAAUCCAAUUGGAUUAAGUUAUGGUGUGAUCCUUCAGAAUCUUAUUUGAAAUUUUAUAAGUCUGUAGAUAAAGUAACUCCAGAAAUAACCGAAUCCACAUGGCAAAGAUUUUUUGAUGAAAAGGAGCCGGUUUAUUGUGCAGUUGCCGAGGUUGAUGGUGAAGUCAUUGGUUUCACUCAUUAUUUGACUCAUAGAGAUACUUGGAUGAUCAAGGAUACUUUGUAUUUGAAUGAUUUAUACGUUUCUCCUCAAAAUAGAUUAUCAGGAGUUGGAAGAAAGCUUAUUGAAUACGUAUAUAAUGAAACUGAUAAGCUCGGAGCAGGUAAAUGUUAUUGGUGUACUCAAUUCGAGAACCAUAGAGCUCAAUUAUUAUAUACCAAAGUUGGUGUUAGUAUGGGAAUGUUAUUAUAUUGUAGACCGUAA